AUGGGUGGAACUUCGACCAAAAUUAGCAGCUCUGAAGAGGAAUACCAAUCAACUGUACGAACAUUUGAAGAGAAAUUCAAUUUAGAGCACGAGCACCGGAAACUUUUGAAGGAAAGUGUUGUGUUGCCAUGCAGCGUAGCAGAACUCCCCGAAAACACUAGGAAAAAUAGACAUUUGAACGAGUGCUUCGAUUAUAAUCGAGUGAUCGUCCCUGAAAGAGAUGGAAGUGAUUUCAUCAACGCUUCGUGGGUUGAUGGAUAUAAAGCUCCUGGCAAAUUUCUGCUUUGCCAGGCGCCACUUCGAGAGACUGUUCAGGACUGGUGGGCCAUGGUACUCGCGAACAAGAUACGAGUGAUUGUGAUGCUCACCAGAAUAGUGGAACGAGACUUAGAAGCCUGUUUCCCGUAUUGGAGUCAGGAGAAGGAAAAAUCAUCCGAGCUACCACCCAACCGCAGGAAAUUGUGGUUUAUAAAUAAGAGUUAUGAGCUCAUAUGA